CGGGGGUGGGCGGCUUGGUGCUGGGGGGUGGCCUCUCCUAUAUGUCUGCACAGUACGGAUGGGCAGCUUCCUCGGUGCUGGAAUAUGAAAUCGUGCUCGCCAACGGUACCAUCGCCACCGCGUCCGCCACCCAGAACGCAGAUCUGUUCAAAGCUCUCAAGGGGGGCGGCAACAACUUUGGGAUCGUGACGACGUAUGUCCUGCAGCUAUACCGCCAGGGCGAUGUCUUCGGCGGCAACCUCGUCUUCCUCCGUACCCCUGAAACCGACGCCAAGCUCCUCCAAGCCGUCCGGGACUUUACGGACUACAACGACGACGACAAAGCUGCGGUGAUCGUCACAGCGGAGCGCGGCAACAUCGACCUCAUCGAUACUUGGAUCCUCUUCCUCUUCUACGACGGAGCCGUGGUUCCGGAGGGGAUCUUCAAGAACUUCACCGAUGCCGGUCCCCUGCUGGACACCACCAGGGUGCAGACGUACGCCAGUCUCAUGGCCGGCAGCAACUGGGUCAUCGUGAAGGCGUCGGUGGUGCAGAUUGGAACCGAGACGAUCCCGAUGCCGUCGGCUGAGAACGGCGUCAAAGUGAUGGAAGGAAUCCACGCGCACUGGAGGAACAUCACGGAUACCGUGCUGCUCGAACCAGGGAUCGUGGCUUCCAUCGCUUAUCAGCCGUUUCCUAAACGGAUUGCGGAGGCGGCACGGGAGAGAAGUCCGGAUUUGAUCGAUGCUGACGAUGCAGGCAAUCGACUCAUUCUGGAGAUGAACUAUAGCUUUGUGCCGCAGGGUGACUACGACAAGAUGGAUCUAAUCACCUUGGUGUCACAGUACGGUGGCGUACGGGAUCGAGUACUGGGUUGGCAGCAGGAUGGAACGUUGCCGGAGAUAUAUCUGCCCAUCUUUAUGAACUACGGAUUUCAUCAGCAAGAUUACUUUGGGAGAUUACGUCCUGAGAACAGAGCGUUUGCGCACACGGUGGCAGAAAGUGUAGACCCUGAGGGAUUCUUCCGGACGAGAAUAGGAGGAUGGAAGCCUUGAUUGAGGACUUGCCCUUCUUUACUCACCUACCCACCAACCCUUCUAGCCAUUGGCAUACUUACACACAGUUAUCGUUUAAUAUCAUAUUUUUUAUAUUUGUAUCUUUUAUAUUUGUAGUUGGUAGAAUUGAGAAUAACGUCUCGGCUCCCAUGUCAUCCUAACAGAGUGAGAGGGAAGAUGUAGCAAACAAAGGUGGCUAAGCCACAAGUGAGUAGCACCUAAAAGAUAAAAAGAAUUAAAAGAAAAGAAAAAACAAAAAGCAAAAAGCAAAAAUGAAUAAUUGAUGCGGUCUGUGUGGAUUGAACACACGACUUUCAGAUUUCAUGAAUGAAGUUCAUCUUCAGUCUGACACUCUCCCAACUGAGUUAAGC